AUGGGCCUCCUCCCAGCAAGCUGCCAGCCAGAGCUCUGCGAGGAGCAAGGAGGGCAGCCCAGGUUUCACUUUCAGAGUCUGCAGCUGGAGCGGGAGAUGUGUUUGGCUUCAAACUGCGCCCUGGCCAGGGUGAACCUGUCCCUGCGCCCACGGCUGGAGGACGGGAAGGCUUCCCUAGCCAUCAAGUACCAGGAGCUGCAGGAGAUACGAGAGGCAUGUUGGGACAAGCAGCAGCGCCUGGAGGCGUACCUGGAGAAUUGGAGCCCGCAGAGCGCCCUGGGCCAGCUCCAAGCCAAGCUUGAUGCCUCUGAGGCAGAGUCGGAGCGGGCUGUGGAGCUGCUGGGCCUGCCUGAAGACCGGCCGUGCCUCCUCCUGGAUGUGGGCUGUGGCUCUGGGCUGAGCGGGGAUUACAUCUCUGACGAGGGUCACUACUGGAUUGGCAUGGACAUCAGCCCUGCCAUGCUGGACGUGGCUGUGGAGAGGGAGGUGGAAGGAGACCUGCUCCUUGCAGAUGUGGGUCAUGGCAUUCCCUUCAGGCCCGGCGUGUUUGACGGCUGUAUCAGUAUUUCUGCAGUGCAGUGGCUUUGUAAUGCAGAUAAGAAAUCACACAGCCCUCCAAAACGCCUUUAUCGAUUCUUCUCAACUCUUUAUACUGCCCUGGCCCGAGGAUCCCGAGCUGUCCUGCAGCUGUACCCUGAGAACUCAGAACAGCUGGAGCUCAUCACGGCCCAAGCCAUGAGAGCUGGCUUUACUGGAGGAAUGGUGGUAGAUUACCCCAACAGCACCAAAGCCAAGAAGUUCUUCCUUUGUCUCUUUGUUGGGACAUCUGGCACGUUACCAAAGGGCCUUGGUACUGAGUGCGCUGAUGGAGAAGAGAUACACCAGGCAAACUUCACCAAUGAGAGGAUGCGGUUCAGAAAUGCCAAGGGCAAAUCUGUGAAGAAAAGCCGGGACUGGAUCCUUGAGAAGAAGGAGCGGAGACGGCGACAGGGCAAGGAAGUGCGAGCAGACACGAAAUACACGGGUCGAAAGCGCCGCCCUCGCUUCUGAGUUGCUCUGGACACUGCUGGCGUGGAAGAUGGUGUAUUGGUCCCUCCAGUGAGCCACCCAUGGAUGGCACAGAUGGGGGCACCCCAGGCAUGGGACUUGCUGGGACAGGUCACUGUGGCUCUUGCAGGUGUAAACUGGCUCAGGCGCUGCCCAGCGGCCAACUGCAAAGCUUCCAGCCCUGUUUUUCUGCUGAAGGUGGAGUGGCAGACAGUGCUGUGGCCACUUGGUGUCCGCAAUGCCAUUGCUUAUCUUCCCAAGUGCACCGAGCCAUCUGAUCUCCAGGUGAGCCAGUACACUGUAUCCAGCUUCCUCACUAAACAGUCAACGAAUUGAA